AUGCAGUUUCGUGGGCGAACUAUGAAGCAGACGCGCCAACAUAUACAACAGCUAAUACAUCAGUCUCGGAGAGGAAUCAUGCGGUUGACUGUGAAUCUACAUGCUGAACCAAGAUCUUCCAACCUGAUUAAACACUACAGUGGCCGGAAAACACCACAACUGAGAGAUUCAACUGGGUUCCAGGACAUCGAACCGGUUUUUGGAGAGUUUGUGCAAAUGGUACGUUCACAACGAUUGGAACAGGAAGUCGAAGCCAACACUCCUGGUGAGCACGAGAAGUCGGAUGUUCAGAAAAUGAAGAUUUUGACGGAACUUAUUGAGAAACAGAGACGUAUAGAUAAAUACUGGAAUCUAACUUGGGGAUUCACGAAGGAUUACGAUUACUACGGAAACUAUCGACCGAACCGAAACAACCGAGGCGUUACCAGUUUAGAACCCCGUGCAGUUCCAAACACAUCAGCUGCCAAUUAUGGAUUCUACAUGGACAGCGAACGGGCCAUCAAUAUUCGAAACUUGGAGCGCGGAAUGAUUCGCGAUAUCAGGCGAAGUUGACCGACGACCUGAGCAAUACAAACUUUCACAGAUAUCAUGUGAUAUAAAUG